AUGCAUGGCCCCCAACAGCUUUUGGCCGUCCUCCUGCUGUCCCUUCUGUGUGUGGGCGUGUCCUCUCAGCCAAUCACAGAAGGCCAGCGUCUGUUCUCCAUCGCUGUGAGCAGAGUCCAGCACCUGCACCUGCUGGCGCAGAGACUCUUCUCCGACUUCGAGAGCUCUCUCCAGACUGAGGAGCAGCGUCAACUCAACAAAAUCUUCCUUCAGGAUUUCUGCAACUCUGAUUACAUCAUCAGCCCGAUCGACAAGCACGAGACGCAGCGCAGCUCGGUGUUGAAGCUGUCCUCUGAUUGGUCCGAGGUGUUGAAGCUGUCCUCUGAUUGGUCCGAGGUGUUGAAGCUGUCCUCUGAUUGGUCCGAGGUGUUGAAGCUGUCCUGUGAUUGGUCCUAG